AAAGCUGUUCUUAGAGUUGGCCAAACAGUGUAAUGCAGUGCUGUGUUGCCGCGCCACGCCCCUCCAGAAGGCCCUCAUUAUGCCUUGCCAAGGACAGCCUCAAGGUGCUCACUCUGGCUGUGGGGGAUGGUGCCAAUGAUGUCUCCAUGAUCCAGACUGCUGAUGUUGGAGUGGGCAUAUCAGGGCUGGAGGGUAGGCAAGCAGUGAUGGCUUCAGAUUAUGCCAUUGCAAGGUUUCGCCACUUGGAAAAAUUGUUGCUGGUGCAUGGCCAUUGGUGCUACAGCCGCCUUGCACGGAUUAUACUCUACUUCUUCUACAAGAAUGCUUCCUUUGUGUUGAUGCUGCUGUGGUUCCAGCUGUACAAUGGCUUCAGUGGGAGCAGCAUGCUGGACCAGAUGUACCUGAUGGUUUUCAAUUUGUUUUUUACUUCCAUCCCCCCCAUUAUUUUGGGAAUAUAUGACCAAGAUUCUCCUGAGGAAGUUUUGCUGGAAGAACCUCACCUCUAUGCUCAAGGCCGCACCAGCUCCCUCUACCAACCCAGCUCAUUUUGGUUUAACAUACUGGAUGCUCUCUAUCAGUCUGUUGUCCUGUUUUUCAUUUCUGCAUUGUUUACAGAGGGCAGUCAGAUGGGGAUGUAUGAGUUUGGUAUGACAGUGACUCAUGCCUGCCUUGUGGCACAGUCACUCCAUAUUGCCAUUGAGACAAGAUCAUGGACUGUGUUACAUGUUGGUGGUCUGGUCGUGUCUUUCCUACUCUUUUACAUUUUUGGGGGACUGUACACUGCUACCUGUCCUGCCUGUCUGGGUGCCCAGCCAGUAUGGGGAGCUGGGGCACAGCCUUGCCUCACCCCUACACUGGCUGACUGUUCUUCUGACUUCCGUCCUUGCUGUACUUCCAAGAUUCGUGGUGAGAUCUCUCCAGUGCAGCCUGAGUCCCGAUGAAGUGACUCAAGCCAUGCUCUUGACAGGCGCUCUAAAAGAUCGAUGGAUUUCAUUGUGUCUUGGUUUU